CUAAAUUUUACUUUCAACCUUUAUCAUAGAUAUGGGCGGCCAGAUCCGCUGCUACAGAGGGAGUGUGAUAUUCGUGUCACUCUGCGAAUGGCAUCUGUUCAGUAUGUGCAUACUCAGCGUUUCCAGGCAGAGGUGGUGUCUUUCAUCCAACAUUUUACUCAGCUUCAGGAUGUCUUAGGGCGGCAGAGAGCAGCAAUUGAAGGACAAACAGUAAGAGAUAAAGCACAGCGAGCUUCCCGAGUUCUUCUUGAUAUUGAGGCUGGUGCUCCUGUUCUGCUUAUACCUGAAAGCUCGAAGUCUAAUAGUCUUAUUGUGGCUAAUCUUGGAAAACUGAAAGUCAAGAACAGAUUUUUGUUUGCGGGUAUGCCGGGUACUUUUUCACUAAAGAACAAGGAUUCAGUUCAAUUUUCAUCUCCUUUGGGAACCCCGAAACAUAACAUGAAGAAAACAACAAGUGCUGAUGAAUCAAAAGUAGUGAUGGAAGGAUUGUUCAUGAAAAAAUCAUCAGGAACAAACAUUUCUAGGCUGAAGAGUGAGCCUAUGCUGAAUACUUUGAGUAAACAAGGACAACAAUCAAAGCUACCUAUUGUACCAAGCCCUGACAGCCCAGAGGAUCACAUCUGCCUCUUAGACUGCAUUGUGGUUGAUCUCCAGGACAUGAACAUAUUUGCUGCGGAAAGAUACCAGAGAGAAUAUUCAAAGGCUGUGGAAGAUACAAGUGCGGACUUGAGCUUUCCAUCCUACUUCGUGAGGCAGACAGGAGGAAGCCUAUUAACAGAACCUUUCAGACUGAAGUUACAAGUAGAGAGAAACUUAGACAAAGAGCUAAGUCAUGCAGUUGCAGACAUAUCGAUACAUGGCAAUCUGUCAUCAGUCCAUUGCUCUCUGGAUUUGAAUAAGUAUAAACUGAUACGUGGACUGCUGGAGAACAACCUUGGGGAGCCUAUAGAAGAGUUCAUGCGGCCUUAUGAUUUGCAGGAUCCAAGAAUUCAUACAGUUUUGAGUGGAGAAGUGUAUACGUCUAUGUCGUUCCUCAUUGACAUGGUUAAUGUGAGUCUGGAGCUCAUGGAUCCAAAAGGAAAAGAUCGAUGCAGCUCUUUAGCCAGGUUUGAUUUUAAGAAAUCCAAGUUGCUUUUUGAGAGCUCUUCAAAUGGAACAAAGUCUGUAAAUUUGGUUUCUCAUUCCAUGAUGGCAUUUGACACACGUUAUGCUGGACAGAAGUCUACUGCAGGCACGCCGAAUGUGUUCAAUUGCAUCUUUCAGUCGUCAAAGAAUACUAGUAGUCCAGGAGCAAUCCAGAUUGAAUUGCAUUUCAGGUCUACUAAGGAUUCCUCCAGUUUCACAGUUGUUCUGAACAAUCUUCGUGUAUUUCUAAUAUUUGACUGGUGGUUACUUGUUCAUGACUUUUUAUAUACUCCUGGAGAUACCAAAAAGUGGGAAAAUCGCCUUUCUUCCCGGCAACACACUUACAGCAGUGAAACAACUGUAGUUCCAAAAACAGUGAAAAGUGGAGUAGUUACAAAACGUUCAUCGCUACAUGUAUCUACAGAAAAACAACUGGAAGUUAAGGUUAAUGUGACAGGAACUGAAUUUGUGGUCGUUGAAGACAUGUCUUGUUUUGAUACCAAUGCAAUUAUUUUGAAGGGGACUACUGUUCUCACUUACAAGCCCAAGUUGUUAGAUCGUCCCUUCUCUGGUAGUUUGUUUGGCAUUGAGGUUUUUUCAUGCCGGUUAGGAAAUGAGCAAGAGACUGCACUGUCAAUUAUUGAUCCAGUACAAAUUCAGAUGGAACUCGUUGGGAAUGCUUCCUACCCAAGUGGUUCAGGACUGUUGGAUGCUUUCAAUAGUGAGGAUUUUCCUCCUAUUCUAGAGAUUCAGUUGCAAGCACUGGAUAUCAGACUGUCCUACAAUGAUGUUCGGCUGUUCUUGGCAAUUGCAAAGUCAGUUCCUCAACAGACUAGUGCAGCUAUGCCUGACUCAACUGUAUCGAUUGCUGAAAAUACUGUUAAUCCUUCUAGUUUAGCACUGGUGAAUGAGACUUCUCCCUUGACACAUGAAAACAGAGUGCCAUCCAAACGUGUGUUGGAUCCUGUUCUUGAGGUACAGCUGGCUCGCCUCCAAGAAUUGGGAUUCAGUAUGGAAGAUUGUCGUAAAGCUCUUUUGAUCUGCCAAGGUGACUUGAAAAAAGCAGCAAGUUGGUUAUUUAAGAAUGCUGAACCUUUGAAAUCAGUUUCCCUGACCUCUUCUGGUCGAGAUAGCCAGGGGAUUGUGCCUUUUCAGUUCAUCUCUGGAGUGGAAAUAAAAGCAGAAAGUAUAUGCAUUUGCUUUAUUGAUGACUGCAUGGACUGUGAUGUUCCCCUUGCUGAGUUAAACUUUUCAUGUUUGAAUUUUCUCCAGCAUUUGAGAGCCAACCCUGAAGGCUAUGCUCAUUUUACCCUCUCUGGAGAUUAUUACAAUCGUGAGCUAUCAGGCUGGGAGCCAUUCAUUGAGCCAUGGCCGUGUUCAGUUUCUUGGCAGCAACAAGCUUCGAGCCGCCUCCACCCUUCGCGACUGAAGCUGGAAGUAAAGGCUGAAAACCGUUUGGAUAUAAACAUUACCUCUGUCUUCAUGGAACAAUACACAUGUACCAAGCAGUCAUGGAUGGAAGAUUACUGUAAACAGGACAAAGAAUUGAAUGUAAUCAGUUCAGAAGACUGGAUGGGCUCUUCGGUGGAUCCGCCGUGUUUUGGGCAGAGCCUUCCUCUUGUCUACCUUAGAACUAGGAGUACAGCCAGUUUGACUAACCUAGAGCAUCAAAUCUAUGCUAGAGCUGAAAUGAAGACUCCAAAACGUAGACAGCCAUUUGUCCCAUUUGCUCUAAGAAAUCAUACUGGAUGCACUCUGUGGUUUGCUACCCUAACUACAACACCUACACGGGCUGCGCUGUCUCACAGUGGGAGUCCGGGUGUUGUUCCUGAGGAAAACGGGACAUUGCUGGAUGAUGCCCAUAAUGUCAGUGAAUGGCAAGAAGUUAUCACAGGGGAGGAAAUUCCCUUUGAAUUUGAAGCCAGAGGGAAACUCAGACACAGGCACACACAUGAUCUAAGAAUUCAUCAAUUGCAAGUGAGAGUAAAUGGCUGGGAAGAAGUCAGUCCGGUAUCUGUAGACAAAGUUGGAACAUUUUUCCGAUAUGCUGCACCAGAUAAGAACUCAUCCUCUUCUACUCUUGGAAGCCCAAUAAGUAGAACAAAUAUAAUACAUCCACAAGUCUACUUUUCUUCAUUGCCUCCAGUUUGUGUGGUAUUUGAAGUUACCAUGGAAGGUAGUGCUCGGAAAGUGAUCACAGUGCGCUCAGCCUUGAUUGUGAAGAACAAGCUGGAAACACCAAUGGAACUAAGACUAGACAGUCCUUCUGCUCCAGACAAACCUGUAGUUCUUCCAGCAGUUAUGCCAGGAGAUUCCUUUGCUAUUCCAUUACACCUUACAUCUUGGCGUUUGCAAGCCAGGCCCAAAGGAAUGGGAGUCUUUUUCUGUAAGGCUCCAAUUCAUUGGACUAAUGUUCAGAAGACAGCAGAAGUAUGUAGCAGCAAGCGAGAGUGUCAUUCAAUGGAGUCUGAAAACAGCAGAUUUUUCAGGUUUUGUGUGGCUAUCAAGAAAGAAAAUUAUCCAGAUUACGUGCCUUCCAACAUAUUUUCUGACAGUGCUAAACAGAUUUUCAGACAGCCUGGGCAUACUAUUUAUCUCUUGCCAACAGUGGUAAUCUGUAACUUGCUACCUUGUGAACUCGAGUUCUAUGUUAAAGGAAUGCCAAUUAAUGGGACUUUAAAACCUGGCAAAGAGGUAGCGUUGCACACAGCGGAUACAUCUCAGAACAUUGAGCUUGGGGUAUUACUAGAAAACUUCCCAAUCUGCAAAGAGCUGUUGAUUCCUCCUGGGACACAAAACUAUAUGGUGCGGAUGCGAUUGUAUGAUGUCAACAAACGACUGCUAAAUUUAACCAUAAGGAUUGUGUGUCGUGCUGAAGGUUCUCUAAAAAUACUAAUUUCGGCACCAUAUUGGUUAAUCAACAAAACAGGAUUACCACUUAUCUUCAGACAAGAUAAUGCGAAAACAGAUGCUGCAGGUCAAUUUGAAGAGCACGAGCUUGCUAGAAGCCUCAGCCCACUUCUGUUCUGUUACGCUGAUAAAGAACAGCCAAACUUUUGUACAAUGCGGGUUGGAAAAGGGAUUCAUCCUGAAGGUAUGCCUGGCUGGUGCCAGGGUUUCUCCCUGGAUGGUGGUAGUGGUGUCAGAGCCCUUAAAGUGAUCCAACAUGGAAACAGACCAGGCCUCAUUUAUAACAUUGGUAUUGAUGUUAAAAAAGGCAGAGGCCGUUAUAUUGAUACAUGCAUGGUAACAUUUGCACCCCGUUACCUAUUAGAUAACAAAUCAACCUACAAGCUUGCCUUUGUUCAGCGGGAAUUUGCCAGAGGUCGGGGAACAUCCAAUCCUGACGGCUAUAUCUCCACACUUCCUGGUUCCAGUGUCGUGUUCCACUGGCCACGUAAUGAUUAUGAUCAACUAUUGUGCGUGAGACUAAUGGAUGUCCCAAACUGCAUUUGGUCCGGGGGCUUUGAGGUCAACAAAAAUAACUCGUUCCAUAUUAAUAUGAGGGACACCUUGGGAAAAUGUUACUUCUUAAGAGUAGAAAUUACUCUUCAGGGAGCCACAUACCGCAUUGCAUUCAGUGACACUGAUCAGUUACCUCCACCUUUCCGCAUAGACAAUUUUUCCAAGGUCCCAAUUGUUUUUAAUCAGCACGGUGUUGUCGAGCCAAGACUGUACACUGAAGUGAAGCCCCUGACCUCUCUGGAUUAUGCGUGGGAUGAACCUAUUCUACCUCCUUUUAUAAUGCUCACAGUUAAAGGGGCAGGCUCCUCAGAAAUCAUCUGUAGCAUGAAUGACUUCCAAGAUAGCAAGCAGCUUUACUAUGAAAACUUCAUUUAUAUUGCUGCUACAUAUACUUUCUCAGGUUUACAGGAGCCAAGUGUAAGACCAGUUGCUUCAAAUAAGAAUGCUGCAUAUGCAGAGCUUGUCCUUGAUGUUUCUCCAAAGACUCAGCGAGUUGUGCUGAAAAAGAAGGAGCCAGGAAAACGAUCCCAGCUUUGGAGAAUGAUGGGCACAGGAAUGCUUUGCCAUGAAGGUUCUUCAGUUCCUCAUAACCCCCAUAAACCUUCUCCUCGGCCUGUGGACUCUUGCAUGAUUUUAGAUAUUGCAGGUCUGGCAGCUGUCACAGAUAACAGGUAUGAGCCCCUGAUGUUGAGAAAGCCUGAUCGGCGGCGCAGUACUACCCAGACAUGGAGUUUUCGUGAUGGAAAGUUGACCUGUGGUAUUCAUGGACUUGUUGUUCAGGCAAAGGGAGGAAUACUAGGUCUUCAUGAUGGAGCAGAAGUUGUUCUUGGUCCUGAUACUUCACUUGAACUUUUGGGGCCAGUUCCACCUGAACAGCAGUUCAUAAACCAGAAGAUGAGACCUGGGUCAGGAGUACUAGCUGUUAGAGUCAUCCCAGAUGGGCCAACUAGAGUUCUGCAGAUAAUGGAUUUUAACCAACGUAGAAAUGAUCGUUUAUCCAGUGAAGGAGAUGAACUUCCAGUUACAGAGCAAGAUCUACGCAAGUUAAAAAAUCCAGAUACAGAGCAGGAAUUAGAAGUGCUUGUGAAACUGGAGGGUGGAAUAGGAUUGUCUUUGGUCAAUAAAGUUCCUGAAGAGUUAGUAUUUGCAAGCCUCACCAGAAUUAACGUCCACUACACACAACUGUCAACAAGUCAGGUGCUAGAGCUCAGUGUGCAAGACAUACAGGUGGACAACCAGCUUAUUGGCACCACACAGCCUUUUAUGCUCUUCCUGACACCCAAGAUGAGUGAAAAUGAACCCGUGGAGACUGGUCCUGCAGUGCAAGUAAAUGCAAUGAAAUUUCCCAGUAAAAAUGCACUGACUGAUAUAUACAAGCAUCUGAUGAUCACUGCUCGAAAGUUCACAGUUCAAAUUGAGGAGAAACUACUUCUGAAGCUGUUGAGUUUCUUUGGCUAUGAUCAGUCUGAAUCAGAGGUUGAAAAGUAUGAUGAAAACCUCCAUGAAAAGGUUGUUGAACAAAGUGGAGGACAAAAGCGAUACUACUUUGAAAAUCUGAAAAUUAGCGUGCCACAGAUAAAGUUGAGUGUCUUCACUUCCAACAAGCUACCUUUGGAUCUCAAGGCAUUGAAGAGCACACUGGGAUUUCCUCUAAUCCGAUUUGAAGAUGCUGUGAUUAAUCUGGAUCCUUUCACUAGGGUCCAUCCAUAUGAAACUCGGGAGUUUAUCAUUAAUGACAUUCUGAAACACUUUCAAGAGGAGCUGCUUAGUCAGGCAGCAAGGAUUCUAGGUUCUGUGGAUUUUCUUGGCAACCCUAUGGGUCUACUGAAUGAUGUUUCAGAAGGUGUUACUGGACUUAUAAAAUAUGGCAAUGUUGGUGGUCUCAUAAGAAAUGUCACACAUGGAGUAUCGAACUCUGCUGCAAAGUUUGCUGGGACCUUGUCGGAUGGUUUGGGAAAGACAAUGGAUAACAGACACCAGACCGAACGAGAAUACAUUCGAUAUCAUGCUGCAACUAGUGGAGAACAUCUUGUAGCUGGAAUCCAUGGACUUGCACAUGGUAUCAUUGGAGGAUUGACAAGUGUAAUAACUUCAACAGUCGAAGGUGUGAAAACUGAAGGAGGUGUCAGUGGUUUCAUAUCGGGCCUUGGGAAAGGGCUGGUUGGCACAGUAACCAAACCUGUGGCUGGAGCUCUGGAUUUCGCAUCGGAAACUGCACAGGCAGUGAGGGACACUGCAACUCUAAGUGGCCCCAGGACACAAGCGGAGAGAGUGAGAAAGCCACGCUGCUGCAGAGGACCUCAAGGGCUCUUGCCCCGCUAUUUAGAAAGUCAAGCAGAGGGACAAGAACAGCUGUUCAAACUGACUGACAACAUCCAAGAUGAGUUCUUCAUAGCAGUGGAGAACAUAGACAGCUAUUGUGUUCUCAUUUCGUCUAAAGCUGUUUAUUUCCUCAAGAGUGGUGAUUACACAGACCGCGAGGCCAUCUUCCUAGAAGUCAAGUACGAUGAUCUCUACCACUGCCUUGUUUCAAAAGACCACAGGAACGUGUAUAUACAGCUGACAAAGAAAGCUGUUAAUACAAGUAGUGGUGUAGCAAUGCCAGGCCCAUCACAGAAAAAACCAAUGGUGAAAGUGAAAUCUGAAGCUCUUGCAGUGAAGCUAUCUCAAGAAAUAAACUACGCAAAGAGCCUUUAUUAUGAACAACAGCUUAUGUUAAGACUCAGUGAAAAUCAAGAACAACUAGAGCUGGACUCUUGAAACCUCUUCCUUGCUGCCAGAGUGAAUUGCAAGUAUCGGUCUGGAGCCAAUGGUGUUCUGUAACUAGAGAAAGUACUACAUGGGAAGGAAAUAAAUAUGAUUUUAGUAUUUA